AUGGUCGUGGAUGAGCCGGUUAUCAAAGACAUUAAACCGAAUAUCUCUGUGGCUGGUGGUCCGGAUGGUCAAUUGGUCGCUAAUCCUGUGCAGGCUACUGAUGCCCACCAAUCUUCGAUUCCUACUGCAGUCCCCCGGAUGAGUAUCCAUAACGAUCCACACCCGUUCGUGUGUGUUGCGUGGAACGUACAUGAUCCGGAGCUUCCCCCCGGACUCCCGGUCCCUUUCUUAAAGACCACGGCUCUGAUUGACUUAUUUUUGACUUCUAGUUCUCCGGAUCCAUCUUCGCACUCUAGCUCAGCGCCCUUGACCUCGUCCAACACUUCAUCUACUGCGUCAUCGACCUAUACCCCUAUCUUGGCUUAUAUCGGCUUGAACCAUCAGGGGGUUCAAAGACUCCUCCUUGACGACCACAACCCGCCAUCCGCACUGUGUAUCUACACCAAAGAAGAUGUUAUGCGCAUCUUUGAAGGUAUCGCUCCCGACUACGUUCAUACGUGCUCGGAGUAUCCGCCAUCUUCUUUAGCCGAAUCUGACCGCCAAGUAAUGUUCUUUGAGAACAUGCAGUGGCAUUUCCAAAACAAAAGGUCUACUUAUUUGAGCACCAGGAACUUCUAA